UCUUGCUUUCAUUUCGCUUGUUUGUUUAUUUUUUCGUGUUUCGUUGUUUUGUUUUUUAUUUGUUUGUUGUUUAUCCUAUUUUUGUGUUUUUUAUACUUUUUUUUUAUUUAUCUCUUCAUCAGAAAAUGCUGGGCGAAAAAAAACGAAAGCUGUCAACUAGUGCAGAUGCAGUUUUCAGAGAGUUGGAUAAAAUUUAUAGUGAAUCUCCCUGUCAACCUUUGGACUUAAAUCAUUUCCAUAGAUUUGCAGUGUUAGCAGUGGAAAAACAACAAAAAAUAUUGCACCUAAAACUUACUCAUAUUGCUACAAAUCAACAAUAUUUUUGUGCAUUGUCUGGUCAAUGGAUACACAGUGAAAUUUUCCCUGCCGAUAUUGUGCACAUGCAAAGUAAAAAGUUUGAAAAUGGAACUUAUUUUAUUGAUAAUCAGCAAGGUUUCAUCACUGUAAAUCCAGAUUUAAUGAUAAACUCAACUAUGCUGUCCAGUUCUGUGUUUUGUAUGCGCAAAACAUGGUUAAGCGAAAAGUUCAAAGGAUGGGGAUUCGGCAAUAAAUAUAUGUUGAUUGGUACAACGGUGCAUACUCUUUUUCAAAAAGCAUGUAGUUCAAAUCUAAAAACUGCGGAAGAUCUUAAUAGUUUACUCUUGCAGAUCACAACUCAAAAUGAUUGUAUUAUGGAUUGUUUUUUGUCCAACAUUACUGUUGAUCAGCUGAUCUCUGAUGUCCAAGCUUAUAUUCCUAGCAUAGUUGAGUGGCUUGAAAAAUACAUUUUUAAAGGACCUGGACCAUUAGAGGACGAUCCUCAACAUAAAAUCAAAGUCGUCUCUGUAGUGGACAUUGAAGAAAACAUAUGGUGUCCAGCCUUAGGUACCAAAGGUAAAAUCGAUACCACUCUCGAGGUUGAAAUUCACUCAAAAUCUAUAAGGAAAGGUAUACUUCCUCUUGAAUUGAAAACGGGUCGCCCAAGUUUUUCGUUCGAGCAUCUUGGUCAAAUCAGUUUAUAUUCCAUGAUGAUGUCUAAUCGGGAUCUUAAGGAAUACGAUGAUGGUCUUUUAUUAUAUCUCAAAGAUUCUCCUAGGAUGAAACUGAACCAAGUUUCGAGAUUAGUUAGCUCAUCUUUAUUACAAAAACGUAACGAACUCGCUGUUUAUUUGAACCGACCACUUUCAGGUCCUCAACCUAAGGAUUCUCUUCAUUCAUGUAGUAAAUGUGAACAUCUACUCGAUUGCAGCCUCAUGAUGAAAUCUUUCCAGCCAGAACUUCUUUCAUCCACCCGAGUAAUGAAAGAAGAAUUAGUCCCUAAUGCUUUGAUUCAUUUAUCUGUACAAGACAUUGAUUUUUUCAAACAUUGGAUCAGUUUGAUCCAAUUGGAAUUGGAAGGAAAUAAAGGAACAGGAAAUGACUUCGCCUUUUGGAGCGAGCCCUCAGAGUUUCGUGAAACCAAAGGUUUGGGGUUAAGUAAUUUGCAAAUCCUAGAUACGAGUGGCAAAAGUAUUAUUUUGUGUCGUUCACAAAAACAAAAGACUGAACCCACUUCGUUAAUGAACCAUUGUGGCGAUUUGACAGGCGAGAGGGUCGCUAUCAGCUUGGAUGAAAAUGUAAAAUCAGGUGUACCGUCAAAAGUUGCGAUUUGCAUUGGUUUCGUUUUACGGAUGGAUAUUAAAGAAAUUGAAAUUUCUUUAGAACAACCUAAUCAUAAGAUGGAUGAUCUCAUGCAGCUUCGAGUUGAUUUACUAAAAUACUCUCAAAUUUAUUCAAUCAAUUACGAUAAUAUUUUGAGGUUGAUGACAGAUGAUGAUCAAAGCAUAAGACUACGAAAUCUGGUUAUACACGGUUCUGGGGCUCAAUUCAAAAACAAAUUCAGUAAAUCCAUCGUCGAAAUAGCAAAAAGAAUAAUUAAACCACUGAAUGAACAACAACAAAGAGCUGUAUUGAAAGUGAUAAAUACCGAAGAUUAUCUGUUAAUUCGGGGGACUCCGGGAUCUGGUAAAACAACUGUUAUUGUUGCGAUAGUCAGAAUGUUAAUUGCAAUGGGUAGAUCAAUUUUAAUUACAAGUCAUACUCAUGCUGCUGUGGAUAAUAUCAUGUGUAAAUUAAAGGAACAUAAUGUUGAUUUUGUGCGUGCUGGUUCAGAGUUUAAAAUAAAUCCUGCAUUGAAAGAUUAUUUAAUAUCUAAUCGAACGAAAACAAUAGAUAAUCCUGCCGAAUUGAAAAAAUUUUAUUCUUCUGUAAAAGUGGCUGCUGUGACCUGUCUCGGUGUUGCUUCUGAGCCAUUGUUUGAAUUCAAAAAAUUUGAUUAUUGUUUAAUCGAUGAAGCAUCUCAAGUUCUUCUACCUACUACACUUGGACCACUUUUUGCUAGCAUUAAAUUCAUUUUGGUGGGCGAUGAAAAACAAUUACCACCAGUAGUAAGAAGUCGAGCCGCAAAGGAAAAAGGAUUGGAGAUGAGUUUAUUCUCUCAACUAUUGUCCAAAGAAUCUUCUUCACUUCAACUUUCUAUACAAUAUCGAAUGAAUGCCGAAAUACAAAAUAUUCCAAGUAAAUUAUUCUAUGAUGACGCUCUUAAAUAUGGUAAUCAGCAAGUUGCCCAAGCUACUUUAAAUGGAGCUGUGGAUAUAAAUACCGGAACACCUUGGUUAGACCAAGUGCUGAGCUGUCAUAUCUCUAAAUCUUUUCUUUUCCUUAACACUGAUCAAAUCGAUUUAGAUACAAAUGAAUACAAUGGUUUAAUUGAAAAUUCUGUAGAAGCAGAUCUAGUUUCGUUCAUUAUCCAACAAUUGGUAAAACAUCUUGGCUUACUGCAUGAUCAAAUCGGUGUUAUAAGCCCAUAUCAGAGACAAGUUUCUCUAAUCAAGCAAAAACUCGGAGCCAGCAAUAUUUUCGUGAACUCGGUUGACCAAUAUCAAGGAAAAGAGAAAGACUGUAUUUUGGUAUCAUUUGUUAAACAGAGUCAAGAUCCAAAUAUGAUGGUCACUAAAGAAGAAAUCUUAUCCGAUGAACGAAGAAUUAAUGUUGCAAUUACCCGAGCAUCAAAGAAACUAAUCCUCAUUGGUAGCAAAUCAACUCUUCAGCUUUAUGAAACUUUCUCAAGAUUGUUUAGUUUACUUCGACCAGAUCAAAUUAUCGACCUGCCUAACAAAGUAUAUUCAAACACGGUAGCUGUCUAAGGUUUGUCUGAACGAUUCAUGCACAAGUUACAAUUUCAUCGUGCUAAAUAUUUCAUAUUCACCUUCUAGAUCAUAUUCAUACUUUUACUGUAGUUUUAUUUGUUGUACUUACGUUUUUUGCAUGAAAACGCAUGAUUUUUAAACAAUAGAAACUUCAAUUUACAUCGAGCUUACUUUAUUCAUCGCUAAUUCAUUGUCCACAUUUUUGGUACUUUUUUCCGGAUUUUUAUGAUAGGAAAAUGUAAUCUAGCCAUAAGUUUCACUGCCAUCUUAAAAUCAUUUACAUUUGUUACAUCAACUAACUGGAACUAUGUUUUGCCAACACUCGAUGCUACCUCAUUGAAAGGUCUUUUACCUUUGCAUAUUAUAAUUUUAUCUCAAUGAAUGUAGUAAAUUUUAUAUCAACUUGUA